UGCAUAGUAUGAACAAUCGCUGGCUUGACUAAUGACUGCAGUCUCGGACUAGGGACAGACACUCUUUCCCAAAUUCUCCUGAAUUUGUAGUCCAUUUGCUCAAACCUCCCCUCGGGGCGUCCACCAUCAUCUUGCCGGACCAAAACAACUUUUAUUGAAGCUUCGUGACUGAUUAAAGUCGUCUCGGUGUAGGUUGAUAUUUCUCGGCCUAGUUCAGUUUAGCCGAGUUAGCCAACACAGCUAACACAGAGACGCCUAUUAUCUUCACAUCGCUCCACAGAGAUCGUCAGGGUAAAGUUUGUUCUAAUUUUCGUGUGAACAAUGUGUACAAGAAGGACAUCAGAAGACGAGGGGGAACUUUGUGGAGAAAAAGAGGACCACAAGGGACAACGUCAAUUGCUGGACGCCAUUGGCAGGAUGCAGCCAAGAAUUGUUCUUCACAGAUUAGAGAUCAGCGAAGAUCCUUGUUGUGAGCGGCUGGAUGCAGAGCUCUCUCACUUUGAGGAAGAAGAACAGCAGACCCGUUACAUUAAAAGAGAGGAGGAGCCAGAGCACUCUUGCACGAAAGAAGAUGACAACAGAUCAUCAAAUGUUGAUGAUGAUGAGGAUGAAGUGUCUGAUGGUGAUCUGACAUGUCAAACUGACAACAAACCCUGGAAAUGUUCCCGGUGUGGGAAGAUGUUUACUUGUAGGAGAGCUUUGAAAACACACGUGAGAACCCACACAUGUGUGAAACCUUUUGUCUGCUCAGUGUGUGGCCAAAGAUUCUCUCAAAAGGGAAGCUUAAUAAAACACACUAGAAUCCACACUGGUGAGAAACCAUUUUCCUGCUCAAUUUGUGGCCAAAGAAUCUCUGACAAGACAACCUUAAACACACACGUGAGAACCCACACUGGUGAUAAACCUUUUGCCUGCUCAGUGUGUGGCCAAAGAUUCUCUCACAAGAGAAGCUUAAUUAACCACUCAAGAACCCACACUGGUGAAAAGCCAUUUUCCUGCUCAGUUUGUGGCCAAAGAUUCUCUGAGAAGACAACCUUAAAAACACACACCAGAACACACACUUGUGAGAAACCUUUUUCCUGCUCAGUUUGCGGUCAAGGAUUGUCUUGGAGAGUGAGCAUGAAAAGGCACAUAAGAACCCACACUGGUGAGAAACCUUUUGCCUGUUCAGAUUGUGGCCAGAGAUUCACUCAUAAGGAAUAUUUAAAAAGCCAUGUGAGAAUACACACAGGUGAGAAACCUUUUGCCUGUUCAGAUUGUGGCCAACGAUUCUCUCAGAAGGGAGACUUAAAUGUACACACAAGAACCCACACAGCUGAGAAACCUUUUGCCUGUUCAGAUUGUGGCCAAAGAUUCUCUCGCAAGGGAAGCUUAAACAAGCAUGCAAGAAUCCACACUGGUGAGAAACAGUUCGCUUGUUCAGACUGUAGCCAAAGAUUCUCUCGGAAGGACCACUUAAAAAGCCACAUGAGAAUACACACAGGUGAGAAACCUUUUGCCUGUUCAGAUUGUGGCCACCGGUUCUCUCACAGAGAACACUUAAAAAGCCACAUGAGGAUACACACAGGUGAGAAACCUUUUGCCUGUUCAGAUUGUGGACAAAGAUUCUCUCAGAAGGGAGACUUAAAUGGACACUUAAGAACCCACACAGGUGAGAAACCUUUUGCCUGUUCAGAUUGUGGACAAAGCUUCGCUCUCAAGCGAACCUUAAGAAAGCAUGUAAGAAUCCACACAGGUGAGAAACUGUUCGCCUGUUUAGACUGUGGUCAAAGAUUCUCUCAAAAGGCACAGUUCAAAGAACACACCAGAACACACACCAGUGACAAACCUUUUUCUUGUUCAGUUUGUGGCCAAAAAUUGUCGCUGACGUCUCAGAUGAAAAAUCACAAGUGUGUGAAUGAGAUAAAUAGUCAUCAAUGAAGUUUUCACCUCUCAUCUGAGCAGGCUUCACGAUUUUAUCCACCGAGGCUGAUUGAAAUUUAAAUACUUUUAUUUUGAAAAUAUUUUUUGGUUGUUGUAAUGAAUUAGAAAAUCAAGCAUCGUUAUUGGCGAUAUAAUACUUUUGGAUUCUUCAUUAUAGAUCGUUUUUAUUUGGCUCUGAGUUGCGGUUUUUAUAUGUACCGUAUUUUCACGACUAUAAGGCGCCAUUAAAGUUGCGGUUUUUAUAUGUACCGUAUUUUCACGACUAUAAGGCGCCAUUAAAAGUCUUAAAUUUUCUCCAAAAUGGACAGGACGCCUUAUAAUGUGGAGCAUCUGUGUAUGCGCCGAGUUCCAAAGCCUGACUGAGAGCACCUCUGACCUACACGCUGUUUAUACAGAGAAAAGGUGGCGUGAGUGACGACAGGCAUGCGAAGGUCUGCCAAUGAGUGAAGGGUGGGCGUGUAAGAGAGACACUUAAGGCAGGUCCCUACCAGGUACCAGUCGCCAAUGAGUUAAGGGUGGGCGUGGAAGAGGACGCUAAAGGCACGCCCCUAGCAGGUACCAGUCGCCAAUGAGUGAAGGGUGAGCGUGUAAUAGGUGAAGAGAAAAACGUGAGUACAUUGUAAAAUGGUUAAAUAAAGUACAACCGAACUCAGUUUUGCUUCCGUUGCCUUUUUAAAAACGUGUUUUUAGCAUGCGUGCAUGCAUGCCGUAUGUUUAAGCAUGGCGUUUUACCAUGCCUGGCUGUGCCCAAUAAUACAGUGCGUUUUGUGUGUGUCAAAUAUAGAAAUAGCACCCCUUACUGAGACUACGCCCAACAACACGGUGUGCUGAAUGGUCGUGAAAAUACGGUAGUUUGUUUUAAGUCAUUUUCAGAGGAGGUUUGGUUGUUUGAUUUACUUUCUAUUAUCUUUUUAUUGUCCCAUCCUUGAUUGUACAGCACCCCAGGUAUCGAGAUAUAUGUUUCGUCUUUUAUUGGACGCUAUCCUGAAUAAAAUGGGCAUUUUCCAUUUUGUAAUGAAAUGUGUGACGGAGCCAUACGUUUUGUUUGAUACUGUGUGUUGCUUGCUGGCCAAUAAAGUUGUCUUUGCUCAAAAAGCUUGGAUCAGCCGAGUCUUCUUUAAUAUCACCCAUC